CCGCUGCCGCCAUGGCGCUCCUGCACAGCCGCCGGCUCCUCGCCGCCCCGCGCCUCGCCGCCGCCGCCUCCCGCGCCAGCUCAUGGUGGUCCCAUGUGGAGAUGGGUCCCCCUGACCCCAUCCUGGGAGUGACAGAAGCUUACAAACGUGACACCAACUCCAAGAAGAUGAACCUGGGUGUGGGGGCAUACCGGGAUGACAAUGGGAAGCCAUACGUCCUGAACUGUGUUCGCAAGGCGGAGGCCAUGAUAGCAUCCAAGAAGAUGGAUAAGGAGUACUUGCCCAUUGGGGGACUAGCAGAUUUCACCCGGGCAUCUGCAGAACUGGCUUUGGGGGAAAACAGUGAGGCUUUCAAGAGUGGCCGGUAUGUUACUGUGCAGGGUAUUUCUGGGACUGGAUCUCUGCGAAUUGGAGCCAACUUUUUGCAACGGUUCUUCAAGGCCAGCCGUGAUGUGUACCUACCCAAACCGUCCUGGGGCAAUCACACCCCCAUUUUCCGUGAUGCUGGCAUGCAACUUCAGGCUUAUCGCUACUAUGACCCCAAGACGUGCAGCCUUGACUUCUCUGGGGCCAUGGAUGAUAUUUCUAAAAUUCCAGAGAAGAGCGUCAUCCUCUUACAUGCUUGUGCUCACAACCCCACYGGGGUGGAUCCCCGGCAGGAGCAAUGGAAGGAGUUGGCAGCUACAGUGAAGAAACGAAACCUCCUUGUGUACUUUGACAUGGCCUACCAGGGCUUUGCCAGCGGGGACAUCAACCGGGAUGCCUGGGCUGUGCGGUAUUUCAUUGAUCAGGGCAUCAACAUCGUCCUGUCACAGUCCUUCGCUAAGAACAUGGGGCUGUAUGGAGAGCGUGCGGGUGCCUUCACAGUGAUCUGCAGUGAUGCAGAUGAGGCCAAGAGGGUUGAAUCACAGCUGAAGAUCCUCAUCCGCCCCAUGUAUUCCAACCCACCCGUGAACGGAGCCCGCAUUGCCUCUAUGAUCCUGAACACCCCUGAACUACGAAAGGAAUGGCUCACAGAGGUGAAGGGCAUGGCUGACCGGAUCAUCAGCAUGCGGACUCAGCUGGUGUCCAACCUCAAGAAAGAAGGAUCCUCCCACAACUGGCAGCACAUCACUGACCAGAUCGGCAUGUUCUGCUUCACAGGGCUGAAGCCCGAGCAGGUGGAGCGGCUGAUCAAGGAGUUCUCCGUCUACAUGACAAAGGAUGGACGCAUCUCUGUGGCGGGAGUUACGUCAGGCAAUGUAGGCUACCUGGCUCAUGCCAUCCAUCAAGUCACAAAGUAAAGACAAAGGUGUGCCCUGGAGCUGGUGGCUUUUCCUUCCCCACCAGUCGAAGAUGAGGAGGGAAAAGAAACAAGCAGAAUACUUCCAACCACAGCACUUGAAGCCGCUGCUGAAUGUAUCUUGUAGAUGAGUUGUUGUAGAAGCCUAGUCAAAUCCGCCCUGUGUUGUGGAGCAGGGUCAUMAUUGCUGGCUCCUGCUCGUCACAGCUGUUCUUCCCUGCUGUCCAUCCUUUGUCCAUCAGCCCCAGCAUCUACCUAUGCUGGAGGAAGCAAAUGCUUAGCAAUGCCGUCCUACCAGUGUAGGCACCAAAGGCUUCUCCACACGCAUUUCUCCAUGAGAAGGCUUUGUGAGGCUGUUGGCUGCUGGCCCAAACAGCAGCAGGCAGAGAGCUGGGUGGGCUGAGUGUGAGGACUGCUCCGGUGCGCUCCUCUGACCUCCUCAGCCAGUCCCUGCUGCCAGCAGGCUCCAUCCUCCAUCAUCCCAGCCUGAGGCUGGGCAGCACCAAAGCUGUCCUCUGACAACCAGCUCUGAGGACUUCUCACUACCAAACUCUGCUCCAUCGUUGGCUUCACUCUYUCCAUCUGGGACUUUCCUUUCAGAUGUAAUUCACAGUGGCAUCRGUGCGUGGGGCAGACCAGUGACCCCGUUUAAACCUGUCUGGUUCUCCUGGCUUCACUUCCGUACCCAGAGGUGAAACAAUUUCUCAUUCCCCCUCUCCCCCAAUAAGAAUUUCCUCUGAAAACUGCUCUCUGGUGGUCUCUGCCUCACCCCAUUCCUGUCCUAAACCCAGCCCCAUACUUCCAGCGGCCCUCCCUGCAGUCUUUGUGUGUGUCCCAAAGCUGUAAGCCCAGAGGCUGCCCCUGUAGUAUUCCCCACUCACAUGGGGGUGUGAGGCAUCCCUCUCAUCUGCUCUUUUCAACCACAUUUUUAGUGACACCAGAAAACAGAGAUCUUSAGAGAAAUCUGAGAGCUGAUGACUCAAAAAACAUUCUGUCCUUGUAAACCAAGUGUCCCUGAGGCCCUGYAACUUACUGGACUCUUGAUUUUUAAUCCGAAUAAACUGGUGCAUGGCUAUGUUGA